AGUUCAAAAAUGUCAAGUUCUUCAGUUCAAAGACAACAAACCUGCAGUGAAAUUGUGCUGAUGGUUCCUUCUUCUCUCGCGCAAGAAAAUUUCGAUUGUUAAAUUUGCUUCGAUUGUGCAAGAAUAGCGCGUCGCGUCGUUUAUCCAAUGUUCCGGACCCGUUCGCUUCCGAUGUCCCAGUGAGGUGCGCACGUUCCGGCCUGUGAUUUUCGGAUUGCUCCCUUUUUUGCGUAGUGGCCCUGAACACGCGAACUGUCGCUGCGUCUGACAGCUGCUCCUCCGUCAUCACAUCGUUCUUUUUUUCGCUGUGAAUACUACGAUUUGCUUGUGGGAUAUUGGCCGAGUUAAUCCGGAAUUACGUCGGCACUGUUUCGAUUACAUCCCCCCAUUGUUAAACUGCGCGCUAAGCGGACCCGAAGAUGCCAGCCAAGGAGCGUAACAUUGCCAUGAUGGGCUACCGAUCCGUAGGAAAGUCAUCGCUCAGUAUUCAAUUCGUGGAAGGACAAUUUGUGGACUCGUACGAUCCCACCAUCGAGAACACAUUCACCAAAAUAACCCGCGUCAAUUCGACCGACUACGAGGUCAAGCUGGUGGACACGGCCGGCCAGGAUGAGUACAGCAUAUUUCCCGCCCAGUACAGCAUGGACUUUCACGGGUACGUGCUGGUGUACUCCAUCACGAGUCAAAAGUCCUUCGAGGUCAUUCAGAUUAUCUACGAGAAGCUGCUCGAUGUCAUGGGGAAGGCCUACGUUCCGGUAGCCCUCGUUGGGAACAAAACCGAUUUGCACCAGGAGCGGGCAGUUUCGACCGAGGAAGGACGAAAAUUAGCCGAAUCUUGGAAAGCGCAAUUUUUAGAGACUUCUGCGAAACAAAAUGAGUCCGUCGCCGAUAUAUUCCACUUGCUGUUGCAGCAAAUCGAGCGCGAUAAUGGAAAUACUAGCGAAAAGAGCAGUUGUACCAUAUCUUGAACAGGUUCCACAGGUUCCAACAAACCGGCGAGAAACAAAAGUUUACUAGGAAGAAAGUGUCAUCCCCCUGCUUCUCGGCGUCGCUGUUCCGCUGUUGUGGCCGCUGUGGGACCGGAAGCUCCCGUUAUCUUUAUGUGAAUAUUAAAAAAAAAAUCGUACAGUGAUGUAUAAAGAAAAGUUUAGUUCAAAAUUCUCCAAGCAAGAAACGCAAGUAAACGUAAUACCAAAUAGAACAAUUUCCAAUCACACAACAAUUUCAAGCAUAUUUGCGCCGUAAUUAUUACACGAUGGGGACAAUUAAGUGGCAGCGGCAUCGGAAGAAUGGGAAAGAGAACAGUUUUAUCAUCAUUUUUAAGAAUCGAAAAGUGAAAACGGCAAAUUACACUGAAAGCACACACACACACCGAGUUUUAGAUAGAAACAGAUUUGCACACACACACACGUGCCGCUGAAUUCUGCAAUUAUUUAUGUGGGCGCGAAAUCAUGGGUCAAAACAUACAGAUACAACUAUUUUGAAAGUAAAACCACGUAAAGAGAUGUGAAUUUUGGGUUGAAAAUCGCAACACUUUCUUAUAUAACUUCUUUAGGUUUCUUUAACAAUACUUUUCUUAAGGAUAAGACAAUUUUAUAGUUUUACCCCUAGAUGAUAUGAUACGGAGAUCAAGUACUAAAAUAUCAUCGUGGAGAUGGCUUAGAGCGGUAGAGAAAUAAUAAUAAUAAUAAAAACGAGAAUAUUUUUAAGUUCAACAAAAA